AUGGCAGUGUCAGUGGCACAUCUUCCCCCUUCUGUCUGCUCCUCUUUGCUGCACCCAGAUGACGUGGGGGGAGUGGUGCUGCCUGGGCCUGCAGAACUUGCUAUAGCAGGCAACGCUAAGGGCAGCUUCGUGGAUGGCUGCCCUUGCUCUCCGUCCAUCCCCAGCAUUCAAGCCCGCUGGCAUCUGCAUGCUGAAAUGCCCUCGUUGCCUCACCUCCCUUACCUCCCUCACCUCACUGUCCUCACUCCCCUCCCUCACCUCUCUCACCUCUCUCACCUCUCUCCCCUCCCUCACCUCUCUCACCUCUCUCACCUCUCUCCCCUCCCUCACCUCUCUCACCUCUCUCCCCUCCCGUCACCUCUCAACUCUCGCCUCCCUCACAUACUUUGCCGUACAGCUUCCCUCCCGCCUCCCAUCAGUUGGAAUGGUCCCGACCCAUGGGCGGGGGUGCCACCAGUGCAAGUGGCCAUGGCUGUUGGUGCUGCUGAGGUGGCAGCCACAAUCACCCGACUCCUUUAG